GCUUCAACCCAAAAAUCUCCCCGCCACCACCAUGAGCCUAAUCGCCGGCACCUACGACAGAUACGUAUGGGGCUUCAAGCUCAAGCCCCAAAACACAGACCCCAAUUCCAAAACCCUAACCCUAACCCCCCUCUUCACCUACCCCUCCCACCUCUCCGCCAUCACCUCCCUCGCCACCGCCGGCUCCGUCGCCGCCUCCGGAGGCUCCGACGACACCAUCCAGCUCUACGACCUCUCCCGAUCCACCUCCAUCGGCUCCCUCAGCGACCACUCCGCCACCGUCACCUCCCUCUCCUUCUUCACCCGCCCCGACCUCUCCGUCCCCCUCAACCUCGUCUCCGGCGACGCCGACGGCUCCUUCUGCAUCUUCGAGGCCGACCCCUUCGUCCUCCUCAAGAGCCUCAAGCCGCAUAAGAAGGCCAUAAACGACUUGUCGUUGCAUCCGUCUGGGAAGCUGGCUUUGACUGUGGGAAAAGAUGAGUGCUUGGCUAUGAUUAACUUGGUGAGAGGGAGGAGGAGCUUUUAUUGCAGGUUGGGCAAGGCGGCUAGCUUGGUGGACUUCAAUGGUUCCGGAGAUAAGUUCUAUUUGGCUACUGAGGAGAAGGUGACUGUUCAUGAGGCUGAGGAUGCUAAAUUGGUUUGCGAAAUGGAGAAUCCGAAAAGGGUUCUAUGUGCUGAGCCCGCCGAGAAUGGACUUUUGUUUACUGGUGGUGAGGAUCGGGGUAUAACGGCCUGGGAUACAAACAGUGGGAAGGUUGCAUAUCACAUUGAGGAUGCGCAUUCGGCUCGGGUGAAAGGGAUAGUGGUGGUGAAAAGCAGUUCCGGUGAGGUGGACAAUGAGGAUCCAUAUCUUGUGGCAUCUGGGUCGUCGGAUGGGGUUAUACGGGUUUGGGAUGUUCGCAUGGCUGUAAAGGAUAAUAAGCCGAAUCCGUUGGCUGAGGCUAAUACCAAAUCAAGGCUUAUUUGUCUGGCUGGAUCAGCUGUUAAAUCUUUCAAACAGCCAGAGCUUAGAAAAAGAGCUAAGAAAAUGAAGCAUGAUGCAGAAGUUAUAUAACCAGAUCAAACGGCUAACCCUUGAAUAUGGCUUCAGGAUAUGUAGAGGCGUUAUUUCUGUGUACCAAUGUGGUUCUUGGUAUUUCCAGUAAACCUUAAAUUUGAGAUUUGUUUCUGAAGGGCCUGUGUUGUUCCAACAUAUCAAUUUUGUCCCGGAACUUGUUUGUAUCAGUAUCAGUAUCAAUGUUAAAAGUAUUUAUUUGCCA